UCUCCCUCUCUCUCUUUUCCGAUUCGUGCUCUCAAAAUUGUCGACUUUGUUAAGCUACUUCCUCAUACACGAAAGAAGCUUGCUGUGAUCCGCGUAUUAAUAUCUGCAUUGUCUAAUUUUUGCUUGUAUUUCUGCUCCAGUCUCUGAUCUCUGUGUGUAGGCUGCUGGAGAUUUUGGCGGGAGGAAUUCAUUGCCGCCAAGGAGUAUCGGUUUCUAAAGUUCGUUUCCUGAAUGUGUUAAUGCUGAUUUCGUUUUUCCGUUUGUUUGAUUUUGGUUCCGUUCAUAUUUUUAUCGUGUUCUUAAUUUUUGGUAGCCUCGUCCUCGUGCAGUAACUUGUCGCAUUUUGCGAUGCCUUUUUUGCGCUCACUUUUGUUCUUUUUUUUUUCUAUCGUAGUGAAUUCGCUGUCAGAAAUAUUGCUCGAUUGUUCGUGAGAAUUUUUUUAAAUAUUUAAAUGAGUGAUAUUAUUCUCAGUGCACUUUUUUAUAUAUAUGCGACGAUGGGGAUGAGAAUCUAAGCCUUAGCCGUUUGAUUAAGAUGAACCAGUGUUAGAUGUCAACAGCUCAACUAAAUCACUGUUUCAGCGCUAAAUUGAAGUUAUAAAUACUUAUUUAUCGCUUAGUUUGCGACAGCGAUAAGUUUAAUGUGGAAAAUGACGUCCGUAUUAGCUGCUUGCAGAUCUCGGACACUAUGUUUUGAAUAAUUUGAGGCUAUCUGAAUGGGGGAACCUUUUUUGCUGGCUGCAACUUUUUCGGAGGUCUUAUUUAUAUUUGGUUGUUUUCUUGUCAAGGAGUGAAGUUGGAAAGUGCUUUUUCUAGGUUUCACCUAGCAACUCUCUCCGUGGACACUUUGUCCACUUCUCACCUUUUGGACUGAAUUAAUGUUAACACACUAGUGGUUGUCAUUCUUUAUGGGAAUUUUGUGCUCCAUCCAAAUCCAAACAACUUGAUUCCAAAUAGUGUUCCUCGCAUUAUAGUGAUAUGUCUGUGUGGAUAAGAGACAGGGUGACUCAACUUCUAGACAGGUGAUAUAUGCUAUUCUUUUCUUUAGUUGGGUUGUUUCUGCCCAGAUUCUAGUGCCGCUUGCUCUGAUAGUUCGGUAAGAAUGUCACUAUGAGAAUAUAUUAGGAUUUAUUUGGAAUGGUUAAGAGAAUAUUUUGGCUAGAAAUUUGGUUUGGGAGAAGAUGAUGCAUAUGAAAUGCAUAAAUUUCUCAAAUUUCGUGCCAACAGUGCUAUGGCUUUCAGAAUGUACUUAAUCUUUUCACACUGCUGCACAUAUAGAUUGAGCCCCUGUAUUUGGACGUCAAGAAUCAAAUUCCAUGCAAUAGUUAUCAUAGGCAGCUAUAAAGCUUUGAAGUUCUAUCUGUUUGAGUCGAGAAACGAUGUAGUUUCUAUGCCAUGCGGGCACACCAUACAUCGAACAUGCUUGGAACAAAUGCAGGAUUACUAUCGGUACGCUUGCCCCAUCUGUUCGAAGUCAGUUCGCAAAAUGUCGAAAGUGUGGGAGAAGUAUGACCUGGAGAUUGCAGCUACUCCUAUGCUGCCAUAUUACGAAGAUAAGAUGGUCUCCAACUCCCUCCCUCUUGCACACACAGACACAGUCAAGCUACACAUUCAACUUUAAUAAGCAAGUGCGAGAAGCUACACACGCCCACACACAUUCAAGCUUGAGCUUGAAGCAUCAAGCAUGCAUAAUAUGAAUGAUGGUCCUUCAACUACUGGUUUGGAUUCUUUGCAAUGACUGUGGAAGUAACUCUGAAGUGAAAUAUCACGUUGUCGGCCAGAAAUGCCACGACUGCAAAUCUUACAACACCCGGCAAACAAGAGGCCUUGGCAGAGAUAGAUAUGCUGUUUGCUUCAUUCAGUCACAUAUGGGGUUUGUUUCCUUAAUCUACCUUCUACACACCAAUCCUAAUAUUCUUGUUGUUUGCUCAGCUCAUCUUGUAGCUGGAUGCUGAGUGCAUAAUGUGUUUGUGUCUAUCUUCCUUACUAUUCCUCCCAUCUCAAUAAACGUGUUUUUCAGUAGUAUCUCAAUAAAUGUGUUCAUGAAUUUUUUGGUUUUGGAUGGCAA